AUGCGUUUUAAUGUGUUUGUAGAAGGCGAUUUUGAGAAUAUAAAAGGUGUUUUCAUUGCACAGUCAUAUCCAAUCAGGAUCAGGUGCACAUGCGGUAAAGAGCAUGAAAAAAAUGUUGUGAUAUCAAGCGAAGACAGUAAUGUUAAUAAAAAGGGCGAAGAGGUCAACCUAUGCGUCACAUGUCAUGAAUGCAAAGAGCUCAUGACAUUCAAAAUACUAAAGCUUGAUGGUCAGAUAGAAUGCACACUUGCAAAGGCACAUCCGGAUGAUGAUUCAGAAAACGUCUAUUUAACAGAUAUGGACAAAAAUAGAUUCAUGGUAUCUAGGAUACAGACGAAUGGUGCAGAGGUGCUCUCUAUCACAAAUUGCACUCUGAACCUGGUUUCUGACGACGGGGUGCUUUUCAAAGACGUCAACAUUCGAGAAAAGACAGUGGCAGAGUUUAAUACUAAAAGCAAAAUGUCCUCAAUAAUUGACUUUUCUCUUGUUGUUGAGCAGACAAAACAUUAA